GAUUUGGGUCAAAUAUAUAGAUAGCAUCGUGAGCUAAUUGUGUGUGUCGAUCGUUGGCUACCGUUACAUGCCGAUGCCUCGAAAGCAUACAUUUAGCACAGUUGACAAAUAUAUAGAAGCAUCCACAGAUGUAUUUAAUCGGGGGAGUGACACCCAGCCUCCUCUAACGGCACAGUGCGUCCGUUUCGUCGGCUAGUUGAUAGCCUCGCUGCUGCUAGCCUGCUAGCCCGCUAACAUCCGUUUACGCUCGGAUCUUACAGUGAAACCAGGAAGGAGGGACCAGACGAGCAAGCAGCUUGGCCUCAAAGGUUGCGCCACUUCUACAAACUGUUAUUCAUUUAAAAAAUAAAACAACAACCACCACGACCAGUCUUGUGAAAAAGGUGUAAGUGCGAAGAUGUCAAAGGCUCCGGAUUCUCCAGCUCGGUCCCGCUCCAGGUCAAGGUCCAGGUCCAGAUCCAGAUCUUACUCCAGAUCUCACUCUAGAAGCCGCUCCCGCUCAAGAUCCAGAAAGCGUCGCUAUAGUUCUAGGUCUCGCUCCCGCUCUCGUUCACACACUCCGUCCUACAGAAACUAUCCUAGCCGGGACUAUCAGAACAACAGAGGUGGCUUCAGGGGCUACAACCGAGGCUACCGGAGGCCCUACCACUACCGCGGCAGAAACCGAGGCUAUUACCAACGCGGUCACUACCAGAACAGGGGAGGAGGCGGCGGCUAUGGUUAUAAGGCUAAUUGGCAAGGUGGCGGUGGAGGCUGGCACGACCGCCACCAUGACCAGGACUACCACUCACAUAGUCCCAGGAGGGGCCGCUCGCGCUCCCGCACACCUAAGAAGCGCUCGGGCAGCCGCAGUCGCUCCCACUACUCUGACCGCUCGUCUUCGGGGCGAUCUCGACGUUCCAGGCGCUCCAGCUACUCCUCUCGGUCCCGGUCCUCCUCCCCACGCCAUCGCAGCAGCAAGGGCAAGCCUGGCGCCAAGGAUGGUAAGGACAAGCUAGCAGAUAGCCAAGUAGAGAAAUCAGGUCAGGCCACAGAUGGCAGCGCCAUCGAGAAGGCAUCUGGCGGUAAAUGGAUAGACUAUGACACCAGCCCUAAACAAAUCAGCCCAGAGACUGAUAAGAAAGAGGACGCUACCUCCGGUUCUGAGAGCAAAGGGCCCGGCAGCGGCGGUCCUCUGUGGAGAACCAUUGGCAGCGUGACUUCCCCUGCAGCGGAGAGCCCCACCAAGUCAGGACAAACAGCCUCCUUCAGCGGCUUUGGCUUCUUCUCAAAGGAGGACGCCAAACCUGGAGAUAAGACUGUGAUCUCCGCCGCCUUCAAAAAGUUCUUGGCUGAGAAUAAAAACAAAAAGCAGGGAGCUGAGAAGGAGAACGGUCGCGACAAGGAGCAGAGCGCCGCAGACAGGGAUCUAGAGAAAAGCAGCAAGUCCGGAGACCUCUUCAACAUCUCGUCCGCUUCUUUUGGCGACUCCAAAGAAGACAAGACCUUGCCCUUCUUCGAUGCCGGAGAAGAGGAGUUCCUCAAGUCUCACGGGCUGAAAGAGAGGGACAUGGAGGAUGAUGGCGAGGUCAAAACCACCCUCACAGCUCGGGACAUUUUUGGGAAAUGGGGGGACGAGCCGAGCUAUUCGACUUCCUACCCGUCGGUGAAGGAGAAAAGCCGGCGAGAUGUUGAAGAGUCUGAGCCCAUAGAUCACAUGGAGGAGGAGAUGUACAGAAGCCGCAAGCACAGCUCAAAGAAAGAGGAGAAGGCCAAGAAGAAGGAGAAGAAAGAAAAGGAGAAGGCCAGAAGGAGUCCGUCCCCUCCUACAACUUCCAGAGAGAAGGACAGGCCGCUGUUCCCCGGCGCCUUCCCUCCUCGCGUCGACUCACCUGUCCGACGAAAGUCUGCGUCAAGGGAGGAGUUUGAACUCAAAAUAGGUUCUUUAGAUGACAUGCCCAGCUCUUCCCUGUCUAAAGAUCGCUUCAUGUCACGAGAUCUGCUGAAUCCCAUUAAGAAAGAGCCGGAGUUUCGUUCCAUUUUCCAGCACAUUCAGACCGCUCAGCUCUGUCGCAGCCCCCCUGAGCUGUUUGCUCAGCACAUAGUGUCAAUUGUGCAUUACAUCAAAGCUCAACACUUUCAGUCCACAGACAUGACUUUAAGUGAGCGGUUUGCCAUGUACCAAAGAAAAGCUGCAGAGGUAGAAAUGAUGAAGCCAAGGAAGAGCCCAGAAAUCCACAGGAGAAUCGAUGUUUCCCCCAGUGCCUUUAAGAGGCACUCUCACCUGUUUGAGGAUUUGGACGAGACGAGCUAUAAGGAUCCAAGUAAAAAGUUCAAAGGCGACGUGAUGGACCUUCGCCUGGAUAUUGAAAGACGUAAGAGGUUUGCUGGGAAGGAGCGCGACUACAAGCGUGAAGGAGGCAGGAGCCCAGGAGGCUCCCGAGGACCGAGCAGAGAGAGGUCCUCUGAGAAAUCUGGGAAGCACCACAAGAAAUCCAAGAAGGGUAAGAAGAAGCGGGAUCGCUCUCCAUCCUCCUCCUCCUCUUCGUCCUCUCCAUCCCCUUAUCCCCCACCUUUCAGAGGUAAAGAGUACAUGGGAGAGGGGAUGGAGCAUGCGGGGGAGGGCUACGGUCACUCGCGUUAUCCCCCGCGGGACUACAGCGGGCCCGGGGAGAGAGGCCCUCGCGAAUAUGAGGGCCACAACAUGGAGAGAGGCCGAGGCCGUGGAUUUUUCCCCAGAGUGAGGGGACGAGGUUGGAACAGAGGAAAUUAUCCAGGCAACAACAGCAAUGGCAACCCUGCCAAUAUGAAUCCUCCAGUGCGCCCUCCAGAGGAGGAGUGGGACCCUGAAUACACUCCCAAAAGUAGGAAGUAUUACUUGCACGAUGAUCGCGAUGGCGAGAAAACCUGGGUCGACAACCGCGGAAGAGGCCGAGGGUCCUUCCCGACCCGCCGGGGUCGCUUCGUCUACCGCAAAGGAGGCAGCAGCCCGAAGUGGACCCACGACAUGUUCCAGGGAGGAGAAGAGGGGGACAUGGGAGACGACAACAUAGAGAUGGAUCAUAAAGACGCCAAGGGUGUCGGAGACGUCUCCGCCCAGAAACAGUGAGCUGCUGCAGCCGUCGCUCCAUCAACUCCGGUAGCAGCAACGUCCCCGGCAGAGCGGUUUAAAAAAAAAAAAAAAAAAAAAAAAAAAAAAGGGGUUGUUUUUCUUGUUUUUUUCUCCCCCCCUCCACAUCAUCUCAUCAUUUAACAGUUAAAAUUUGUUCAGUGAGUUUGAGCCUUCUCACAGUUCGAGUGAAGUAAAAGAACUGUAACUGACUUGAAUGAAGAGCAACACUCUGUUACUUUUGUAUGUGAGGAUAAUUUCAGGGUGUUUUUUUUUUUUUUUUUUUUUAUGUAACGAGAACCGUUGUUGGUUUAGUUCGCAUUUGGUUUCACGGUGACUUAAUUGUACGCUGUAAGGGAGAAAGUACUGAGGCAAAAAAAGUUCAAAGAUAGUUUUAAUAUUCUCUGAAAACAUGAGAGAAUAACAAAAGCAUUUGUGCCUUAGAUAAUAAUUCUACAGUAACAUGUACUUCUGUAAUCUGUUUGAAGGUACAACUCUGUACUUCCUGUCUGUCAGUGUUGGAAGGCUUUAGAUGAUUUCCAUGUCAUUGUUUUUUCUUUGUGUGUGUGUGUGUAUGUGUGUGUGUGUAUGUGUGUUUGGGCUGUGAUAAAUCUUUGAUGUUACUGCAUGAAAAGUUUGAUUGAUACCUCGCUCCAUGGGACCAAUCAGUAGUGGGCGCAGGGCUCAUGAUUGUCAUUUAUAAAUCACAAAACAUGAGUUUUGUUUUACUCCCCUGAAUGAUUGAUGUGUGUCACUUGUAUUGUCUGAGCUUUUUUUUUUUUUUUUCAUAUAGUGCCACUUCAUCUGUAUCUCUCAUUAGGAAGUCACGUGUGUUCGUGCUACAGUAUAUUCUCAUUUAUUGUGGAGGUUUUCAGUUCAAAACAAGUGUAAAUUGAAGGAUUAGCACCGAAAUCCAUUGAUUUGCUUUGCUUUUAGACUGAUAAACACAUGUAGGUUUACACCUCUGUCAAAUAAGUUUAGGUAAGUGGCUACCUUUUGUUUAGAGUUUUAAUAAAACAAAAAAAAAAAGAUGAAUAGUUAUGACAAAAGGCGAAUACAUGUAUAGAAUUAUAAGACCUAAAUUAUUAUAAUCUUAAUGUGUGAGGUAGGGGAAACAAAAGAUGAAUAUGGUCCUCGCAAAAAAAGACCCACAGUUUAAUCUUCUGUCAUGAAACCUGAUGAGAGGGAAAAAAGUGUCGAGAAACAAAACAUUUUGUCAAAGGCAAAGAUGAAAAGUGUCUAUUUUUUUAAGAGGAGUUAACACAAACUAGCUGAACUAGUUUGGUGAAUCUCACUGUGCUGCUUCGUCCCACUUUUGACUGUACAUACUGCAUGUACUAAACAGAACUGUAGGACUGUGUCUUUUUUUUUGUUUGUUUGUUUUUGUUUGUUUUGAUUAAUCCGAAGCUGAAAACUUUUUUACUGUUCUCAAGAGCUUUUAAGUACAUGUCUUUUAAUUUUCAAUAAAUUUUUCUUUGAUUCAGGG